AUGGCAACAAGAGGGGCAUUAAUUAUAAUUGAAGGCAUUGAUAGAAGUGGAAAAUCUACACAAUCUGAACGCUUAGUUGAAUAUUUAUCUUCAAAAGGAUUAAAAACUCGUUUACAAAGAAUUCCAGAACGUAAUGAACCAUUGACAGGACCUAUUAUUGAUAAAUUUCUUCAAACAGCUACAUCAGUAGAACAAAGUAAGAAUACUUUACAUUUGCUGUUUUCAGCCAAUCGUUGGGCCAUAAUUGAUCAAAUUAAAGAAUGUUUGAAUAAUGGUGAAAAUGUUGUUUGUGAUCGAUAUGUCUAUUCAGGAAUUUCAUAUUCAUUGGCAAAAGGACUUGAAAAGAAAUGGGUUGUUAGUUCAGAUGUUGGAUUACCUUCUCCAGAUAUUGUUUUAUUUUUUGAUAUUUCUCCAGAAUCAACAAGAAACCGUGAUGGUUUUGGUACUGAGGUAUUUGAGAAAAAAGUUUUUCAAGAUGUUGUUUAUAAUGAAAUGAAAAAUUUAAUGUUAAAAAAUAAAAAACUUUGCAAGAUCAUUAAUGCUGAUAGACCAAUGGAUGAAAUAACAAAAGAAGUUCAACAAAUUAUUUUUACAAAUUUUGAUUCAUUAAGUAAAGAACCACUAAGUUUUCUUAAAGAAGAUGAUUUGUUGUAG